GGGUGCACAUUCUUCUGGGUUGGCUCAUUGGAAACACAUUGUUCCUGGGAGAAGAGGGGACGAGGGGGAUGGAGAAGGGUGUGCGAGGAAGCAGGAGCAAAAUGGAGUAGCCAGGACUUCCUUUGAUGGAAAGGACCUAUGUUAAUUCUCACGGAAUCACGUGGAGCUUGGCUGCGGAGAUUUUAAAAAGCUGCUCCUCAGAUGGCAGGCUUUCUCUGGUGUUUCUAGUAUGAAUUUCACAUCUCGGCCUUUCAUCCAGCUCCAACAGUCUCAGCUCCAUCAUCUGGAGGACAAAUGAAAUUUGCAUGAGUUGCAAACUCUUGAGCUGAAUGAAAUACGGACUGCAGUGCUAAUAUCCUUUUCUUCUAGUUGUUAUUAACAGAAAGUUAAAUGUCGUCGGAAGACCGAGAAGCUCAGGAGGAUGAGUUGCUGGCCCUGGCGAGUAUUUAUGAUGGAGAUGAAUUUCGAAAAGCAGAGUCUGUCCAAGGUGGAGAAACCAGGAUCUAUUUGGACUUGCCCCAAAAUUUCAAGAUAUUUGUGAGCGGCAAUUCAAAUGAGUGUCUCCAGAAUAGUGGCUUUGAACACACCAUUUGCUUUCUGCCUCCACUUGUGCUGAACUUUGAGCUGCCACCAGAUUAUCCAUCCUCCUCCCCACCUUCAUUCACACUUAGUGGCAAAUGGCUGUCACCAACUCAGCUGUCUGCUCUCUGCAAGCACUUAGACAACCUGUGGGAAGAGCACCGCGGCAGCGUGGUCCUGUUUGCCUGGAUGCAGUUUCUCAAGGAAGAGACCUUGGCCUACCUGGAUAUCGUCUCUCCCUUCGAGCUCAGGCUGGGUUCUCAGAAAAAAGUGCAGAGAAGGGCGACUCAGGCCUCUUCCAGCCCCGAGCUAGAUUUCGGAGGAGCUGCUGCCUUUGACCUAGACCAAGAGGAAGCUGUGGACGAGAGAGCCGUGCAGGAUGUGGAGUCCUUGUCCAGUCUGAUCCAGGAGAUCUUGGACUUUGAUCAAGCUCAGCAGAUAAAAUGCUUUAACAGUAAAUUGUUCCUGUGCAAUAUCUGUUUCUGUGAGAAGCUGGGGAGCGAAUGCAUGUACUUCUUGGAGUGCAGGCAUGUGUACUGCAAAGCCUGUCUCAAGGACUACUUUGAGAUCCAGAUCAGAGAUGGCCAAGUUCAGUGCCUCAACUGCCCAGAACCCAAGUGCCCUUCAGUGGCCACUCCUGGUCAGGUCAAAGAGCUGGUGGACGCCGAGUUAUUUGCCCGCUACGACCGCCUUCUCCUCCAGUCCACCCUGGACCUGAUGGCAGAUGUGGUGUACUGCCCCCGCCCGUGCUGCCAGCUGCCUGUGAUGCAGGAGCCUGGCUGCACAAUGGGCAUCUGCUCGAGCUGUAAUUUCGCCUUCUGUACCCUCUGCAGAUUGACCUACCAUGGGGUCUCUCCGUGUAAGGUGACUGCAGAGAAAUUAAUAGACUUACGAAAUGAGUACCUGCAAGCAGAUGAGACCAAUAAAAGGUUUUUGGAGCAGAGGUAUGGUAAGCGGGUGAUUCAGAAGGCCCUGGAAGAGAUGGAGAGCAAGGAGUGGCUAGAAAAGAACUCCAAGAGCUGCCCAUGCUGCGGGACUCCCAUAGAGAAACUAGACGGCUGUAACAAGAUGACAUGUACGGGCUGUAUGCAGUACUUCUGCUGGAUUUGCAUGGGUUCCCUCUCUAGAGCAAACCCUUACAAACAUUUCACUGAUCCUGCCUCCCCGUGUUUUAACCGGUUGUUCCAUGCUGUGGAUGUUAACGGAGAUGUUUGGGAAGAUGAGGCCGAAGACUAGCGAACACCUGCUGCUCCAGCGAUGGCAGUGGAAUGGUUUGCCCUAACUCGGCAGGAUUUUUCGGGUACCAUCGAUGUAGAAGAUAUGGAAGAACAAGGUCUAUGUUUUCAUGUGAUACUACUGAUUUAGCACAUUCAGACAUGUUUCAUUGUAACAUAAUUGAGGAACUCUUAAGCCAAAGGUUUGGAAAAUAUUAAAUAUUACAGUGUGCCCGAAGCUUGAAUAGUGAAAAAUUAAAUAUUUAUUUUCCUUCCCCAAGCUUAGGUCAGGAGACAGAGGUCAAGAUUUAAACUCGCAGACCUUUUUAUCUCUGGGAAGCCUCCCUCUAAGACAUUCCUGGGGAGCUCCCUCAGUCCUGCUCCUUACAGCCGGGGCGGGUAGAGCCUUAUUAAAAUUGUACCGAGAGCCUGGACUCGCUCCACACUACAUUCCCUCCAGCCCGAAGUUUUGCAAAGUCACUUUUCUUCAGAGGAAGCCCUUUACUCCAGAACUGAUUGGAUGGCCCAGUGUCAUUUGGAUCGACUGCUUUUCAGAAUGGAAAUCUACAGAUAAUUCAGAUUUUUUUUUUUUGAUACCACAGACACUGUGGGUCACUUGAUAUAUUUAUUAAUGCUGUAUAGUCCACCGGUUUUGAGCCACGUCUUGAACGUAUCGAUACUGGCUCAGAAGCACUUCCACCCCAUUCAGCCUCGCUGUUUCUUCUGGGCUGUAGAGCCUGGAUUCAGAGCAACUUGUCUUUGCUACCUUGGGUCCUGCCUUCUCUCCAUUGACCUCAGCCUGCCUUUCAUUGGUAAGGACAAUGUUAAUAUUAGCUCCAGCAGCUCAUAGUUUUAUUUCCUCUGCUGGGAAAGGAGAAAGUCUAAUACGUUCCCACCUGAACAAGCUGAACUCUGUAUAUGCUUUUUGAACACGAUAGCACCAGAGCUCCAGUGCUAACCUUCUGCAUUCUUUUUAAAGGGCUUCUCUAAUGAGCUGUGGACGUUUGUCUUCCUCUCCUCGUUUUAUUUUGCACCAGCAGUGUUCCAGGGGUCAUUUGGGCUUGAUACCUAGAGCCGUGUUUCCGGGUUUUGUUGGCUUUUUGCAAAAUUCUUCCCUUCGGGUUUGGUGAGUGUCUUGGCAGCAGAGUAAGGUGGGGGAAGAAAGGCCAGGGGAUUCAGCUGCAGCCGUGCACAUGCUCUUUUCUCCUGCCCGGUCAUUGAAAAGUAGGGAUCAUCUGAAACCUUUUUAUGUGUGUGUUAUCCAAAGACUGCGGACUGUUUCUGGAUUGUCAAUAAGGAUGCUUAAUCUUAAAAAUAAAAAUGAUUUAAAAAUGGUCUUAUAAUUAGA